CGUCGAGCCGUGUAGAACAAGUUAUGACUAGGUAGAGAGUGUAGGGACGCACUGUACAAGUUGUGUUUAGCGGGAAUACUCGGCCGGCGGACGGCAACCGCGCUGGGGGUCUCGACGUCGCACGACGCAACUAUCACGAAAGUCGCGAUGUGCCAAAUAAUAACUGGGAAACAGUGAAUUGGUGCGAUAACACGAUUUAUAACACGAAUAUAUUACGAACGGUGUACACCAUGGCUCGAGCUAGGAGCGCUAGUGUUUUAUUUAUGUGCAUUUUAUAUAGUGUCACAAGUUUUAAUCUGGAACCGAGGAUUCCUGUGAUUAAGUUCGGAGAGCCUGGCUCUUAUUUCGGAUUUUCCGUUGCGGAACACCUCACCAUCAGCGGGGAUGGUUCGAAAACUAGUUGGUUGUUAGUAGGAGCACCUUUGGGCCAAAAUCUGCAGCCAAACACAACGAAAUCCGGAGCGCUAUGGAAGUGUGGCGUGUCUCCGUCAACCGACGACUGCAUACAAAUAAUCACAGAUGGGAAAAGGACGAAGUACGGCAAGAUAGACACGAAUUUGGAGUCUAAUAACCUGACUGCUCCCUACUCGGAUGAGAUUAAGGAGGGUCAAUGGCUGGGAGUGUCGGUGAGGAGUCAAGGUCCGGGGAAAAAAGCCGCCGUCUGCGCACACAGAUAUAUUCGCAAACAAGGAGAGCUGCAGUUUGGUCAAGGUCUGUGCUACACUCUGAGCAAUGAACUAGAACUACUGGAUGUAAUGGAGCCGUGCAGAGGGAGAUCAGUAGUGAGAGAGCACGAAGAAUACGGUUUCUGUCAAGUAGGCACGAGCAGUUCUCUUCUGGAUGACGACACGCUGCUGAUGGGUAGCCCGGGUCCCUACACCUGGAGAGGUACCAUCUUCGCCCAGGACACGAGAGACGAUGUCCUGGAGAGAGAUAACGUCGUCUACAUGGCCCCGGUGCAAGACGGCGCUAGUCCUGUCGAGAAAUACAGUUAUUUAGGAAUGUCAGUGACCAGUGGCAACUUUUUCGGUGGCGACAGAGCGUCGUACGUGGCUGGAGCGCCGCGGGCUCACGGUACGGGACAGGUCGUCAUCUUCAGCAAACUGGCGACCGAAGACUGGGGCCGAACAGACCUGAAUAUACUGAACUUCACAUUACUGCUCAAAGGCGAGCAGUUUGGCUCCAACUUCGGUUAUGAAGUAGCUAGUGCUGAUGUUAAUGGUGAUGGGUUGCCAGACUUAUUAGUAGGUGCCCCUUUCUAUUUCUCCCGCGACGUGGGUGGCGCUGUUUACUUAUACCUGAAUGUAAACUCCAGCCUGCAGCAACAGUACAAUGUCAAGUUAACAGGCAAACAAGAAUCACAAUUCGGUAUCGCUAUAGCCAACGCUGGCGACUUGAAUAAAGACGGUUGUCAAGAUAUAGCCAUAGGAAGUCCAUACGAAGGUAAUGGAGUGGUGUACAUCUAUAUGGGAGAUAGAGAGAAAGGACUCAAUACUAAACCAGAUCAAGUGAUAACUGCCGAAACUUUACCGACUGUGAUGAAAACGUUUGGCUAUGCGUUGUCUGGUGGAGUAGAUUUGGAUGCUAAUGGUUAUCCUGAUUUAUUGGUAGGAGCAUACGAAAAUAGCAGCGUUGCUUUAAUACGAACACGACCUAUCAUCGACAUUAAGACGUCGAUAAAACCUUCGAACAGUAUCAUUAACAUUGAUCCGACGAUUCAUGGUUGCGAGGGGGACCCUAGCUCCAACUACACCUGCUUCCACUUUGAGGCCUGUUGCAUCAUCGAGUCUCUAGUCAAAACCUCUCAAUCGUCCAUCCAUCGACUCAACUACGUCAUUGAAGCCGAAACAUUCCCCGGUGGAAGGAAAUAUUCCAGGGUCUUCUUUGAUUCUGACAAGAGUAAUAUUGUCAACAAAACUAUUAUGUUAGGUAAAGAUGUUGAAGACUGCAGAAAGCAUAUCGUGUAUUUGAAAAAUAAUACUAGAGAUAUACAAACUCCGCUGAAGUUCCAGUUAACCUACAUGUUGGUUCACGCGGAACCCCGGUACUCGUCAUCGGGCCCUCUCCCCGAUGUAGAUCAGUACCCCGUGUUGAACGCCACCGCCAGCUCUGUGUUCACCGCCAACUUCCUGAAUGACUGCGGUGCUGAUGCUGUCUGCAUCAGUGAUCUAGUUGUGGACCCUAAGCUGUUGCUGCCGUUGACAAAAGACAACAAGACGUAUUCGCUAACAUUGGGACAAGAAGAGGAGAUAAAAUUGUCGAUUGCAGUAGAUAACUACGGCGAGUCUGCGUAUGAAGCACAGCUGUUUGUAACGCAUCCUCCUAGCCUGCACUACAUCGCUGUCAACAUUAGCGAUAAGCACGUGAUUUGCACAAGUUUCAACAAGACGACAGUGGCCUGUAUGCUGGAGAAUCCGUUCAAAAAGCAAGCGGAGGGUUCUCCUCCAAUCACGAUGCGUUUCGAUGCGCGGGCGCUGGAGGACAACGACCAGUCUGUGGUGUUCACUGUCUGGGCUAACUCCACGUCUAAGGAACUACAUGCCGGAAAGAAACCCGUUGAAGUUGAAGCAUUGGUUAUCAAGAAUGCUGAACUGCUUAUAAAGGGUGUUGCACGACCGGAGCAAGUGUUCUACGGUGGUGAAAUAAAGGGCGAGUCUGCUAUGACGUACUUUGAUGACAUCGGUACCAGAGUGGUGCAUACAUAUCAGGUAUUCAACGAAGGUCCUUGGCACGUGUCAUCAGUUCAGGUUGUGAUCCAGUGGCCUCACCAGCUCGCUUCAGACGGACCGCAGGGCAAGUGGCUGCUCUACCCUGAAGACGUGCCCACCGUCGAUGGAGAGGCCGAUCAAAACGGCGAAUGUUUCGCUCGCGAGAUAAACCCUCUGAAUCUAACACCACGGCCUGGCGCCCCAGAGCCACUCGAGAACUUGGAGAUGGAUCCCUUCCUGAGCACCGGCAAGCUUAGCGUCAGUUCCAGUGAAAAGUCACACAACGAAACCAGGAGGAAAUUCAUGGAGUACUCCAGUUCUAGCUCUUAUGCUAGCAGUAAUAAAGUAAGACGGAAAAGAGAUGAAGAAGAUGCAGUUAAGGCUGAAGCCUACACUGAUAGGAAGCAAGUUAUUAAUUUGAACUGCCAGCAACGCACAGCAAAGUGCAUCCAAUUCCAAUGCGUGAUCUACAAGCUGGGCCGCAUGAAGACCAGCACCAUCAGCGUGCGCGCGCGCUUGUGGAACGCCACGCUCGUCGAGGAAUUCGCCCGCGCCGCGCGCGUCGACAUCGCCUCCACGGCAUACAUCAGCAUACCCGCCCACUUCAAUAUACACCAGAACAAGCAGUCCGAUGAUAAAACCACUGUAAACACAGUCGCAUACCCAGACUUGAAGAUAAGCGAGCCGACAGAAGUACCACUGUGGGUCAUCAUCAUAUCAGUGAUAGUGGGACUCAUAGUGCUGGUGCUGCUCAUCAUCGCGCUGUGGAAGCUGGGCUUCUUCAAGCGCAGCCGGCCGGACCCCACGCUCUCCGGCAACCUCGAGAAGAACAACCACGAGUCCAGCCCCUUCAUCGGCAGGGAUCGGAAUAGUGUUCGAUAGCCCUCGGCCCUCUAUGUAGUGGACAGAACGUUCCAGUGUGAAAAACCUGCCCAAGUGUAAAUAAACUGUUAAUAUGUUUACCCCUUUUUCACGUUACGAACUGAAGAGUCGACGAUUAUCUGGCAGCUAGAAGGCAAAACUUUCGUACUUUCGCUGCCAGAUAGUCGGACUGACUAUAGUCCUGGUCGUCGACCGGAACGUGUGUAGGGGCUGUGCACAAGUAUUUAGUACGUAAUAUCUCUGACUGUGAUGUCUUCUUAGAGGAAAUUUGUGUGUAUGUGAUGUUCUAAAGUAAUGGUUCUAUGUUUUGUUGUUGACGCACGGUACGAUAGUAUAUUGUUUUAUUGUAAUUGCAUUUCUCUAGCGCGUAAAGUGAACUUGUUUUAGAUUGUUUGUUUAUAUAUUCUGAUGGAUUAUGUAUUUUUCUGUAAAUAAUUACUUGCCUUAUUAUUUAUGAAUAGGUAGUUUAAAUGUCUACUUAAUUUGACUAGAUUUUUUACUAGUCACAAAAUGUAAUAAUGUUUAUGUGUAGGUAUGUUAGAUACUUAUAUCGUCCGUAACUUAAGGGGAAUUUAGUCACAAUUGAUUUUUGGAACACUAAAAUUACUGAAUAAUGUUCAAUCGUCCCAGUAGGUACUUACGCUAUUAAUGUUUUUGUACGUUUUAUACGAAUACUUUCACCUCUCACAGACGUUAUACUUAUGAAAUGCAAAAUGAAUUGUUAUUAAUUAGAUAUGUAAUUAUAAGUAUUGUAAAUAUGAUUGUUUCCAUGUCAUUAGAUUUUGUACAAAAUUUUAUAUUUGCAUCAAGAGGCAUACAUUUUACACGUACGUUAUAAAGCUCUGUAACACAAUCACUUAGUACUUUACAUCGUUUUAAUUAAAUAACGACUACUUAAAUAACACUGGUUGUGAUUAUUUCUGUUAUGAAUUACAUAUGAUACCUACUUAAUAGUACAUUUUAGUUUUGAAUAAAAUUGUGCCAUUUAUCAACA